AUGGCCCCGCCGCGCCCGCCCCGCCUGCUGCCCGCGCUGCGCGCGCUGCUCUACUGGUCGCUGGUGUACGGCUACUGCGGCCUGUGCGCCUCCGUGCACCUGCUCAAACUUCUCUGGAGCAUCGGCCGGGCCCCGGCGCAGACCUUCCGCCGCGCGGCCCGGCCCAGCCCGCCCGCCUGCCUCAGCGACCCCUCCUUGGGUACCCACUGCUACGUGCGCAUCAAGGACUCCGGCCUGAGAUUUCACUAUGUUGCUGCUGGAGAAAGGGGCAAACCACUCAUGCUGCUACUUCACGGAUUCCCAGAAUUCUGGUAUUCCUGGCGUCAUCAGCUGAGAGAGUUUAAAAGUGAGUACAGAGUCGUUGCGCUGGAUUUGAGAGGCUACGGAGAGUCGGAUGCUCCAGCUCAUCUGGAGAGCUACAAACUGGACUGUCUGAUAGCAGACACGAAGGACAUCGUGGACUCCCUAGGGUAUAGCAAAUGUGUCCUGAUCGGCCAUGACUGGGGAGGCAUGAUUGCCUGGCUGAUUGCCAUCUGCUACCCUGAGAUGAUAAUGAAGCUCAUUGUUAUUAACUUCCCACACCCAAGUGUAUUUACAGAGUAUUUUCUGCGGCACCCUGCCCAGCUCUUCAGAUCUAGCUUUUAUUACUUCUUCCAAAUACCACGGUUCCCAGAAUUUAUGUUCUCAAUAAAUGACUUCAAGGCCCUGAAGCGCCUGUUCGCCAGCCAGAGCACGGGCGUUGGGAGAAGAGGUCGGCAGCUGACCUCGGAAGAUCUCGACGCCUACGUCUAUGUCUUUUCUCAGCCUGGAGCGCUAAGUGGCCCGAUCAACCAUUAUCGAAACAUUUUCAGCUGCCUGCCUCUCAAACAGCACAUGGUGACCACGCCAACGCUGCUCCUGUGGGGAGAGGAAGAUGCGUUUAUGGAGGCUGAGAUGGCUGAAGUCACAAAGACUUACGUUAAAAACUAUUUCAGACUCAGCGUUCUGUCAGAAGGCAGCCACUGGCUUCAGCAGGAGCAGCCUGACACAGUGAACAGGCUGAUAUGGGCAUUCCUAAGGGAAGAAACAAGAAGAGACUGCUCUUAUUCUAUAAUGGAAUCUCGAAAAACCUCUUAAAACUUGUUCAUCAACUUAUGUUUUAUUAGAAAAAAAACCUGUCUUCAUAUGCUUGAUUAUAAAUAAAUAUAGUGA